ACUGCUCGCGAAGCGCAUUGAAAGAUCCCCGUCUAGAUUACUCUUUGUUUCUUCUCGCGUUUUCCCCAUCUAGGAACGUCCAGUCGUUUUUUCGACAAUUUUCGUCGGUUUUUUCACAUUUUUCCGCGGUUCCGAGUUAUGAAACUUUUCGAAAUCGUCUUCAGGUGGCCUUUCGUUAGUGUGAUAGGAUUUCCGUGAAUUUUGGUGUUUGUGUUUAUCGAAUUUGACGAAAUGCCUUCUCUUCAAAACAAGGCUUUCAGUAGCUGUGGCAAUUCACCCAUUUCUGCGAGUGAUAUUCUUCAGAGACACUCCAUAAAUUCUCUUCUAGAUCAGCACGAUAUCUUGUCUUCCCCUGAUACAGAAGGUGAGACUAUGUCGAUCUCCGACCUACUGGGAUUGAAUUCUCCCCGUGGCUUGCUGAAUUUUGGAAAUUCGCCGAGCGGACUUUGCACGCCAUCGCCCGUGAACUCUAACUUCCAGUUCAACUUCGACGAUGUGAAGCUGCAAUCGACUCCAGUAAAUUACGCUUCCAUUGCAUCGUCUGGCAAACCAUACGCAGGAAAAUUGAAUUUGAGGAAUACCAAUAAUAACAAUAAUUAUUUCACAGCACGUGCUUUACGAAGCACAUCUUUGAGCGAUUCUUGUGGAAGUAGCAGUCCAAUAGUUGGCGAUCAGUCCUUGUUGAGUAAUAAUAGUCGUUCAGAUUCCCCAGAAUCAGAUAGCAGCGCUGUAUCGAGCCCAGAUGGAAGUCUUUCAGAUAUAUUGAACUCCUUGACGUUGAAUGAUUCUUUGGCUAGAAGUAUUUUCAAUGGCAACAAUAAUAAUAAUAGUGCUUCAAACGACCUGGAUAUAUCGAGUCUUCAGAAUUUACAAGCCAUUCAAGCUUUGAAGUAUUUGCAGCAACCACCAUCCCUUCUGGGAUCCAUAUUACCUACCGCCUGUUCGCAUAAGCAAUUACUUGAUAAGUGGAAUGACAAUCAAUCAUCAUUGAUAAAUUUACUACCCGAUACUAUCCAUCUGGAUCGAGCAGCUCGUUUCCACAGAUCUGCAGCAUCCCUAUACGAUGCCACCUGUACCUGGAGCGGAGUGCUACCACCGCGUACCACCAAACCGUCCGGCUACUCCAGCAAGGUCUUUCUGGGCGGAGUGCCUUGGGAUAUAUCUGAACAGUUGCUUAUUCAGACUUUUAAGCAGUUUGGUCCCAUCCGGGUUGAAUGGCCGGGGAAGGAGAAGCAGGCCAGCCAGCCGAAAGGCUACGUCUACAUCAUCUUCGAGUCUGAGAAGAACGUCAGGGCCCUCUUGCAGGCUUGUACCAAUGACCAUGCCAACAGUGGCAAUUGGUACUUCAAGAUAAGUUCAAAACGGAUGAAGGCCAAGGAGGUUCAGGUGAUCCCCUGGAUUUUGAACGACUCAAAUUACACCAAGUCCACGUCGCAGAAACUGGAUCCCUCAAAGACAGUUUUCGUCGGCGCCCUUCAUGGCAUGUUGAACGCGGAGGGUUUGGCGAAGAUAAUGAACGAUCUGUUCGAUGGAGUAGUUUACGCAGGAAUAGAUACUGACAAAUAUAAGUAUCCUAUUGGAUCUGGACGAAUUACUUUUAACAAUAAUCGGUCUUACAUGAAGGCCGUAGCUGCCGCUUUUAUCGAGAUAAAGACUGCCAAAUUUACCAAAAAGGUACAAGUCGACCCUUACCUGGAAGACUCGCUCUGCUCCUUCUGCGGAGUACAACAGGGUCCCUACUUCUGCCGAGACGUGCUCUGUUUCCGGUAUUUCUGCCGAACCUGCUGGCAAUGGCAGCACAACAACGCCGAACUGCGCCAUCACAAACCGCUGACGCGCAAUUCCAAGAACAGCACUGUGCUCGGCUUGAGCGGCGGCUCUGUUAACUAAGAGCAAGUAUUUACAGAAAUACGUUGAUCGUAAAAAAAAAUGAUGUAUUUUGUUGUUGUUGACGCCAAGACUCGUUUCACUCGCAAAAGUUGCAAGGCGCGCUCUCGAUUUUUUUUUAUGUUACCCUUACAUAAGCGUACAAGUCUGUUUGUUGUUUCGAUUUGAUACAGAAAAAAAUUUAAUAAAUAAUAUUAUAUUGGUCCGGUUUCGCACCGGAAAGAUAUGAACCAAAAAAAAAAUAGUUUGUUAUAAAUUUUGAUUGUUAUAUAUUUCUAUUCUUUUCUCUUCUGGUGAAAUUUUGGGUGAAUGGAAACUUUUUGGGGAGUUUGUAACGGUCGAUCGUUCGAAUUAAGGUUGAUUUUGUUUAAUCAAAUUCUUGGGAAAUGGAAUUUAAUCUUAACGAGCGAUUCGACGCUAGAUUUUCUUUCAAAUUUUUUUUUGUGUAUUUUUGUACAUUUUUUUUUCUCACGAGUAAUUCGAAUCUGCCUUCUGAAGAGUAUUUCAACGGUUAGCUGAACCAUGGGUAUAAUGUUUGAAAAGAUUGUCAUUGAAUUGAAUCCUCGAUACUUUUCAGGAGGCAAUCGCUGGUCUUCUCAGAAAAGUUGUAAUUUCAUUCAUCGAAAUUUUCUCAGUAUAUUUCUAAUUGAUGGUCUUUGACAAAUUUGUGAUUAUAUCUGCUAUGAUGAACGAAAAGUUGCACAAAAUGAUAUUUCUUCACAGUUAUUGAUGUUUUUCAAUAUUCUCGCGAUAAUUUCUAUUUAUAAACCAUAUAAAUUGUCGGUAUAAAUUUCCUUGUACCGUUAGGGUUUCAGAACUCUACCGGAUUACUUCAAUUUUUUUUUGACUUCUCACAGCCUAUUAUAAAUCUAAAUAUUCUAAAUUUUUUUAUGAUUAAUACUUAACUACCAAAGUUGAUCCAGAGGUAAAUUAACGUUCGAGAAUUUUAUGGUUACUAUUUUGAGAAUUGUUUUCAAAAACUCUGCAGCAAUUCCUGCUCGAAUUUGGACACAGUUUCUGGAACGUUUUACUGCUUCAAUAUUUCGAUUGCUUGUUUUUUUUUAGUCCUAUAAGUUAAUUUAUAUUAAAAUUUGGAUAAGUGUAGAAAUAUUUAACAAAUAAUAAUCAUUAAUAUAUUAGUUUUUAAGUGUUGAUAUUUAAACUUUUUAAAACUUAAAUGUUCUAAAUUAACUUUGAAAAUUGGGCGGUUGGGGGUUUUGAAAUUUUAUGUAUUUUAGUGUUAAUGUGCAAUUUUUCAUAUGGUAAAUUACCGAUAUUCGAAGAUAACAAAGGCUACGAUCUGGAUGCGAUUUAUGGUGUUUAUAUUUCUUCAGAGUUUUGGCGUUCCACGUUGUUAUUUCAAAAAAAAUAAUGUUGGUUUUUUAAACUUAAAAUUCAGAUGAAAUUAAAAAUAUACUGCAUAAUA